UUCUUGGCGUCUCGCGGCGCGGCGCGACGCCGUAGAAUUCCAACCCACCACCCACUGCCCGGCACACGCGAAUGUCUAUUUAUCGACCUCCUCGCCGGCCGUGCGGCCAGCCAGCCAGCGACGACCGGCGGCGAGGUGGGCGGAGACCACGCACGGCGACGGCACGACGCAGGCCAUUCACGUCCUGCGGCAGUCUCUUGUAGCUAACCGCCUGCAAUCUUACUACGGGCUCAAGGACAUACAUCGAUCAGUUCAUCAUCCUGCUAAGCCAGAAAGCACGAGUACACAGGACAGGUGAGAUGGGAGCGCUGAACGGCAGAAACCCUUCUGCCGUCUUGGAUGGCCUCUACGGAGUACAGCUUGGCCGCCCGUCGCCGCAGUCGGCACAAAGCGAGGAUGAAGCUCUACGAACCACCGCUGUAGAGUCAUCGACUUGUGAGCACCAGAAGGGUGGUAGAACACAACAAAGGUUGCUGAUCCGAAGACUAUGGCAGCAGAGGCCCUCUUGCUUGAAGCCCAUCCACCGCAGCAUCACAUGUGACAAGCAUGCUGGCGAAACUAUUGCGAAUGUUGUCACCUCUCUGCCCUUUAUUGUUCUUGGACUGCAGACCCCAAGGAAGAACUUGAACACUGCUAUCUACGCGAAUUCGCUGGUUGGAGUAGGAAUAGCUUCGAGCUUGUAUCAUUCUUCCAAAGGAGAAAUCCGGAAGUUUCUGCGGUGGGCCGACUACACUAUGAUCGCUACCACCACACUGUGUUUAACGAGAGCACUUAGGAAUGAGAACCCAAGAUUACUAAUGGCAGCAUCAGCAUUGCUCCUGCCGUUUCAGCCAUUGUUGGUUUCAGCUGUCCACACUGGAUUGAUGGAGGUUUCCUUUGCAAAAAGGGCAUCAAUUGAACCAGAGCUUAGGAUGGCGCAUAACCUGCACAAGAUGUCAUCUCUACUGGGAGGUGUGCUGUUCAUUGCCGAUGAUUGCUUCCCGGAGACUCCCUACAUGCAUGCUGCAUGGCAUCUCGCCGCCGCUAUUGGCAUUGGCACAUGCAACAAGCUUCUUGAAUGACAGUGGAAACAGUCCUGAUAUCAACGAGUAGUUGAUUUCAGUGUUAUCCAGAAAUUGGGGUGCAUCCAGUAGCAAAUUGUCAACAUUUAAAACGGUAAAGACCAUAGGUCUAUAUUGGAGAGGGGAUUGGAAGUUUUAUCAGAUUGAUGUGAGAUACAGUUUUCCAUUUUACCUCUCAUAAAUGAACUAGGUAUCUAGGUUGGCUUAUGCAUGUGUUUCUGCUAGGAUUUUCAUUGUUUUUUCAUCAUUAUUGUGACAAUGAGGUGAGCUGUUGUAGAUACCUUCACCAGAAAAAAAAAGAUGAAACAACAGGAGGUUUGUCAUUGGAGCUACAA